AUGAGGGUCUCCACACUCCUGCAGUGUUCAGGGUCAGAGCUGCAACAGAGUCACUUACACCAAGAGGAGAAUCUGUGUCUUGAAGGGGUCAACAGUGGACAUAUCCUGUACUUAUGUUGGUUUUAUUCCACCACAUCAUCAUUCUGGUUUAGAAGUGAUAAGUCGACCCCUGAAAACCUAACCAGAGACCCAGGGUAUGCAGGUCGUGUGGAGUACACUGGAACAUACAGAGGUCUCGUCACCCUGAGAAUCACAGAUCUGAGAGAGGAGGACUCAGCUGAGUAUCGCUUCACUUUUAAAACAUACUACAUUGAAUGGGGUCAUAGUUUCCCAGGAACAACUCUGUCUGUCACAGGUCUGCAGGUGAAGGUGACUCCUGCUGCAGAGGGACAGAAGACACUGACCUGUAGCACCACCUGUACUCUGACUGACAACCCCACAUACAUCUGGUACAAGAACAGACAAAUGUAUAAAAGAGGUCCUCCCCCCAUGUACUCCAUCAGCAGUGAGGAUGCAGACAGCUACUUCUGUACUGUAAAAGGACAUGAGGAUCUCAGCUCUCCUGCAGUGUAUAAACCAAAGACCUCAGUGUCAGUUAGUCCCUCUGGUGAAAUAGUGGAGGGCAGUUCAGUGACUCUGACCUGCAGCAGUGAUGCCAACCCACCUGUCCAGAGUUACACCUGGUGGUACAAGAAGAAUGGAGGUGACUAUCAGAGUAUGACAGGACCACAGCAUGUCUUCAAUCAAAUCCAGUCAUCUGACACUGGAGAGUACUACUGUGAGUCCCAGAAUGAGAUGGGGACAGACAUGUCUAGGACCAUUAACAUGGAUGUGAAGUAUAAACCAAAGAGCACCUCAGUGUCAGUCAGUCCUUCUGGUGAAAUAGUGGAGGGCAGUUCAGUGACUCUGACCUGCAGCAGUGAUGCCAACCCACCUGUGGACAAAUACACCUGGUACAAGAAGAACGUAACCUCACCAAAAGCAUCAGGACAGAGUUACAGCAUCACUAACAUCAUCUCUGAGGACAGAGGAGAAUAUUACUGUGAGGCUGAGAAUAAAUAUGGACGUCUCAACUCUUCUUCUGUGUCUGUGGACGUUCAGUACGGCCCAAAGACCACCUCCGUGUCAGUCAGUCCCUCUGGUGAAAUAGUGGAGGGCAGUUCAGUGACUCUGACCUGCAGCAGUGAUGCCAACCCACCUGUGGACAAAUACACCUGGUACUUUCAAAAUGAGACUUUUCUAAAUGGAUGUGGACAGAUGUACAACAUCAGUAACUUCAAGUCUGAGGACAGUGGACAUUACCACUGUGAGGCCUGGAAUAGAAGAGGAUCUAGGAACUCUACAGCUCUGAUGAUCAUUUUACCAGGGAAACAAACCUCAGUUCAGACUGCAGCUGUAGGAAUCAUAGUGGUUGUUCUGGUUCUCAUCCUCUGUUUCUCUGGACUCAUGUGGUUCAGGAAGAAGGCCUCCAAAUCCACCUCUGACACAAGAGACACAUCAGAGAAUGUACAGGUGAGUCUGUUGGAAACAGAGAAUGUACAGGGAGACUCUAGUCCAGUGUAUGAAAACGUCUCAAGCAUGUCCACAGCCUCUACUGCAGCACAGACAGCAGCCACAGUCGUCCAGGAUGAUGUUCACUACUCCAGUGUCCACUUCUCUCGCUCCAAAAACCAGGAAGUGCCUCUGUACUCCACUGUCCAGCUGCAUCAACCCCAGAAAGAGGAUGAGGAUGUCCAGUACGAUGCUGUGAAAUUCAACCUCCCCAGUGCUGCCACCCGACCCACGGCAACAGACUCUUCUGUUCUCUACAGUACAGUCAACAAACCUGAACCAAGAAGACCUGAACAUUACAAGCCCAGAACCAGGAAGACCUGAACACAACAGUUUUUAGCUGUGCUAACAUAAUUGCAAAAGGGUUUUCUAAUGAUCAAUUAGCCUUUUAAAAUGAUAAACUUGGAUUA